AUGAGGCUCCGAUCGGCGCUCCCAAGACGCACUCCCCCGCCAUGGCGACCGUUUGGGCGCGGCGUCAAAUGCGCGGCGCAUGCUGCUGUGGUCGUCUGCCUUUGGGGUCUCAGCUUUUGUGGUCCAGAGGCCAGAAGAGCGAAUCUGCGCGGAGGGCUCGCCCUCCGCUGCGGCCAUGCAGGGCCAGGUGACGAGGCCGGGCGUCGGCUGCUGGAAUGGCUAGCAGAGGAGGGCGCCUAUGUCUCGGAGGCCUUGGACGUGGUCACUGACCCCGUGCUGGGUCGUGAGCUGGUCGUCACUGAAGCCGUGGACGAAGCACAGGAGCUGAUCAAAGUGCCUCCGGAACUUUGCAUCCCCGCGCCAGAGAUGGAGGACCUCGACGAGGACCUUCGCUUGGCUUUGGGGCUGCUGGAGGCGAACCGGGCACGCGAUGCCGAGCCAAAACUCUCUUUGGCUCCUUUUGGGCGAAUUCUUGCCGCGAGUUCCUAG